GUGUUUGGUUGUUGACGAAUUAGGAGUCGGAGUUGCCAGCCUGGCCUAAGUGACUCGUUAUUCGUUAAGAUCUUCCUUCCAAUCCUAUUCAACAAUCUUCAUUUCCAUUCACCACAUUCUUCCUCUUCCUCUCCACUCUCUGCUCUCCACUUUCGUCUUUUCUUUCCCCUCUUACGUGUAAUAUGGCCGUCACCGUCAAAUUAAUGGCUUCCAUCGUUUCGUUUUUUGGUCUCAUGUCUUUCAUUUUGGGAGUCAUAGCCGAGAACAAGAAGCCUGCUGCUGGAACGCCGGUGCCUGGUAAGGAUAGUGUGACCUGCGACUUCCCAGCUGAUCGAACGGUUGCAUUGGGUUAUCUUUCAGCAGCUUUUCUUAUUGCUUCCACGGUGGUUGGAUAUCUCUCUCUGUUUUACCCUUACAGAGGAAAAUCUGUUCACUAUGGAGUGCUUUUUAAAAGCACCUCUUUCGCGGUAUUCUUCAAUAUUGCAGUGUUUUCAACUGGGCUAGCUGCAACUAUGCUGCUAUGGCCAACAAUCACUGAACUGCUUCACCUUACCCGCAAUGUGCAUCUUGAUCUCAAGUAUACCUGCCCUACAGCUAAAACUGGUCUUCUUGGAGGUGGUGCCUUUUUAUCCCUCGAAUCAUCCCUUUUUUGGUUGGUUGCUCUAAUGUUAGCUGAAAACGCUCGAGAAGAUUUUUUGGAUGAAAAUAAGGAUGAUAAGGGUGAUGUUGAAGUUUCUUUUCAUGCAGAUAUAGCCAUACAGGAGUGAAUGGAAAUGCAUGAGGUGUCCAAGAAUAAAAGUAGAUACAUCGUAGAGUUACUUUUACAUCUUUUUUAAUGUGCUGAUGGAGUAUGGGUGUAAAAAUUGGUUGCGUUGACGUGUGACUGUUUAUUACGUGGCCCUUGAUAGUUAGCUCUGUCUCUGUCUCUCUCUCUUUUUUUAACAAAUAAUAAUAAUAAUAGUUUAUUCAAGG